AAGGCCUUGCAGCGUCCCUACGCCGAGGACGUCGCGCUCCAGACUCGCGGGCGCCAAAGGGCUCAGACUGCCGCCGCGCUGCAUUAUGGAACACAGAGUCUGAAAAACCCUGAGCACUAACUCCCGGACCGAGCUAGGCGCUUCCUUGGCUGGGGGGGGGCGGGGCAAGGAAGAGCCGAUAUAAGGUUUCGUCAUAAAACCGCGACCAGACAGGCGGCGCCAUCUUCGAACUUGGACUUCCGGAAGGACUUUGGCGCGGGACAGCCAUUUUGGGGGGUGCUGAUGGAUACCUGCGGGGUCGGCUAUGUUGCCCUGGGGGAGGCCGGCCCCGUGGGGAACAUGACUGUGGUAGAUGCUCCUGGACAAGAUGUGCUAAACCAGCUUGAUAUCAAGGGCUCCUCAGAAGCAACCAGUGUGGAGGCUUCCAUAGAGAUGUCACUGCCUACUCCUUUGACUGGAUUUGAGGGUUCUCCUGAUAAGAGGCUUUUCCCUCCAGACCAGGAAAGCCUUUCCAGACUGGAACAUCAAGAUCUUUCUUCGGAGCUAUCAAAGAUCUCAAAGCCUAGGGCUUCACAGUCUUCCCGGAAGAGAGGUAGUGGGACACCAAAAGGUCCCAGAAGGCCCCAACAGCGUAAAGCUCCAUCCACCCCUCUGGUUCCUGCUCUCUUAGAUCAGUCCAACCCUCUAUCUGCCCCUGUGCCUAAGAAACGAAGUCAAAAAUCUAAGGGAGACCUGCUACUCCUGAAGUUGUCCAAAGGUCUAGAGCAGCCAGAGUCUCCACAUCCAAAGAGGCCCCCUGAGGACUUUACCUCUCCUGAGGAACGACCCCGCCGAAGGGCUGCCCAAGUGGUCUCGCUAUGUAAUAGACCAGGCUGGCCUGGAACUCGCGAUCCUCCAGCCUCAGCCUCCCGAGUGCUGGGAUUACAGGAGUGCACUACAACACCCGGCUCUCCAUCACAUUUUUCGCAGACUUCCCCCAGGGCACUUCUGUAUCUUCAGGAAGUGGCUGCUGAGGAGCUCUCCACAGCUCUUCCUACUCCGGUGUCUUGUCCUCCUAAGAGUCCCAAGGUGAGCAGCCCCACCAAACCGAAGAAGAUCCGGCAGCAGGCAGUCUGCCAAGGUGGAGACGAGGAUGCUGCUGUGCAGGGUGAAGGCUUUGUUCUCAAGGUUGAGGCUGAAGAAGAAGAAGAAAGUGAAGGCCCAACUGAGAGCUUUUCUGAUCCCGAACCUGCAGCACCCCGAAGCACCACACGAGGACCCGCGUCAGGGAAGCAGAAGUCACACUGUCGAGGCUUGGCUCCCAAUGGCUUACCCAAUUACAUCAUGGCUCCUGUUUGGAAGUGCCUCCAUCUCACCAAAGACCUCCGAGAACAGCAACAUUCGUUCUGGGAGUUUGCUGAAUGGAUUCCUGUAGCCUGGAAGUGGCAAUUGCUAUCUGAGCUAGAGGCAGCUCCUUACCUGCCCCAGGAAGAGAAGUCUCCAUUGUUUUCUGUACAACGUGAAGGACUUCCUGAGGAUGGCACACUCUACCGCAUAAACAGGUUUAGUUCGAUCUCAGCACAUCCAGAGCGCUGGGAUGUAUCCUUCUUCACAGGGGGACCACUCUGGGCUCUGGACUGGUGUCCAGUGCCAGAGGGAUCAGCAGCCUCGCAGUAUGUGGCCCUUUUCUCCAGCCCUGACAUGAAUGAGACACAUCCACUGAGCCGACUUCACUCAGGCCCUGGGCUGCUGCAGUUGUGGGGCCUUGGGACAUUACAGCAAGAAAGCUGUCCUGACAAUAGGGCUCACUUUGUCUAUGGGAUUGCUUGUGACAAUGGCUGUAUCUGGGACCUCAAGUUCUGCCCCAGUGGAGCAUGGGAGCUUCCGGAAACCUCUCGGAAGGCUCCUCACCUGCCCCGGCUGGGUCUUUUGGCUCUUGCCUGCUCAGAUGGAAAAGUGCUGCUGUUCAGUCUGCCACAUCCUGAGGCCCUGCUAGCUCAGCAGUCCCUAGAUUCAAUGAGGCCUGCUAUCUAUAAGGUGCAGUGUGUAGCAACCCUUCAAGUGGGGUCUAUGCAAGCUUCAGACCCAUCUGAGUGUGGUCAGUGCCUUAGCCUGGCCUGGAUGCCUACCAGGCCCCACCACCACCUGGCUGCUGGGUACUAUAAUGGCAUGGUGGUUUUCUGGAACCUUCCCACUAACUCACCCCUGCAGAGGAUACGGCUUUCUGAUGGCUCCUUAAAGCUCUACCCCUUCCAUUGUUUCCUAGCCCAUGAUGAGGCUGUGCGUACAAUUCAAUGGUGCAAAGCUAACAGUCAUUUCCUAGUCUCUGCGGGGAGUGACCGGAAAAUCAAAUUCUGGGAUCUUCGGCGACCUUAUGAGCCAAUAAACUGUAUCAAGCGCUUCUUGAGUACAGAGCUGUCCUGGCUGCUCCCCUACAAUGGUGUCACUGUGGCUCAGGACAACUGCUAUGCCUCAUAUGGACUCUGUGGAAUUCAUUAUAUUGAUGCUGGUUACCUUGGUUUCAAGGCCUACUUCACUGCUCCUCGAAAAGGCACUGUUUGGAGUCUUUCAGGAUCUGACUGGCUUGGGACAGUAGCUGCUGGAGAUAUAUCUGGGGAGCUCAUAGCAGCUAUAUUGCCUGAUAUGGCAUCGAAUCCAGUAAAUGUCAAGAAACCUGCAGAGAGAAGAUUCCCUAUAUAUAAAGCAGAUCUGAUCCCAUAUCAGGACAGUUCUGAAGAACAAGAAUAUACUUCUGCUUCAUCUGGGACUCCCAACCCUCCCAAAGCUAAAACAUACGCUGAAACUAUCAACCAUCACUACUUGCUUUUUCAGGACACAGAUUUGGGUUCCUUCCACAAUCUGCUCCGUAGAGAACCAAUGUUGCGUAUGCAGGAAGGCGAAGGGCAUGCUCAGCUUUGCCUGGAUAGGCUGCAGCUUGAAGCUAUUCAUAAGGUACGUUUCAGCCCAAACCUGGACUCCUAUGGAUGGCUGGUAUCUGGGGGGCAGUCAGGGCUGGUUCGGAUCCAUUUUAUCCGUGGACUCACCUCCCCAUUGGGCCACCGUUUACAGCUUGAGAGCCAAACCCACUUCAGUGCUAUGUUCCAACCAUCUUUUCCAACAGAAGGGCUGAGUUUUCCUCCAGCCAGCCAUUGCUUUCUGCCCAAUCCCUAGUCUUAGUCCACACAGGACCCUUGAAAUGAAGUCUGCCAAGAACAAAUGGUCUCCAUGCACAGAGCCAUAGGAACUGGGCCCUUCCUGGACAGUGAUGGUGCCAGGCCUGGAUUUUUAGGCCUACCUCCCCAGGACUCCUUAAGUUCCUGUCCUUCCACAGACUUCAUAGCCUCCUGCGGGUAGGGGGGCUCUCUCACUACAGUGAAUUUCUUUACCUAAAAUGAUGGCUCACAAGAAACACUCAGGCCUGACCUAGGCUUGGGAGUCAAAUUGCUCAUAUUGAGCAUAUUGUGAAGUGGGUAAAGCUAAGUAAAGGUACUGGGUGUUUUUGAGACCACUUGUGAGUGGGUGUUUGGAGAAUCAGAAAGGGUAUCGAUUUGAAGGCUCCUUUUUCAGGAUCCAGUGUUACUGCCUUCCUAAACUUCCUCUUCAGAGGAACCAACACACAGGCCCAAAAGUGGUGGCAGUAAUUAAUCGGACUGAAGCUGCUUAUAGUACUUUGAGGAAUACAGCAAACACCCUACCAAUAGAAUAGUGGCUUAGCUCUUACUUGCUCCUGCUUAUGAAAUAUUCCCAAUCACUGGUCAAUUGACCAUACUUGAACACUCUUAGAAGAGUUUUUGAAAACCUUUCUUUAAAGCUGGGCAUGAUGGUACAUGCCUUUAAUUCCCAGCAUUUGGGAGGCUGAGGCAGGAGGAUCAUGAAUUCAAGGCCAGCCUGAGCUAUAUAAUGAGACCCUGUCUCAUAAAACAAACUUCUUUUAUAUCAAGUUAGAAUAUACCUUUAUUAAUUUUACUCAUGGGUAUUAGGAAACCUAGUUAUUCUUCCCUGUGACUACCCUUUUAAGUAGUUAACAAUAGCUAUCAUGUGUUUCCCAAGUCUUUUUAUCCUCUAGAUUAAAUAUCUUCAGUUAUUUGAACCAUUCUUUUACACGUCAUGAUUUUUGAUCCUUUAUGAUAUGGUCACAUUGUUGACUUAUUAAACAUGUUUAUUUAAACUCUA